CACAGAUCUCCAAGAGAAACAGGACAAAGCACAAUAGCCAACUGAGCAGGGUAGUAUCUGAUGUCGGCAAAGGGGCUUACAAGCAAGAAGGAGCCAAAGGCAGAGUUAUGGAAACGACUAGUGAACGCUUCCUUACUGAGGAAAACCACCUCAAGGAUUUGAGAACUGGUCGGUGUUGAGGAGAUAACCAAUUUUAGGAGUGAAGAUGUGGUUGGAUUCCAUGUCUUAAUGAAGAAUCUAAUGCAAGAGUUCAAGCUUAGCUCAACUCGCAUUCCAGUGACCAUGAGGGAUAACGAUUACUUAAGUCUUAACAUUUUUUGCAGUGUUGCAAUUUUCUCCUUGUUUGGUCUUUUAACUCGGUCCGUUUCCGUGUGCAUAUUGGCAGUGAAACAUUUCUUAAUCUCAGAAAACCAUGUUUGAUGCAGGGACCAGAAGCGGGGAGAGAGGUAGACAUCAUUGUUUUGCUUCUCAGCCUCAGAAAUGCAGGUUUCCUGCUGUGUAUCCUCAUAGCACCUUGUACUUCUCCCUGGCAGAACUUUUUAUGGUUAGAAAUGAUUUGUGUAAUUGUUUAGUGCCUAUCUUCUUCAACAGAAUGUAAGUAUCUGGUGGUUUAAUUUACUGCUUCAUCACUAGAGUUAAGCAUAGUCCCUACCGUGUAGUUGGCACGCAAUAAGUAUCUGUGGAAUGAGAACUUGGGAUGGGUAAAUAUGUGUCUCCUGUACUGGGGGCCUCAGAACUUGGCCAAGGAGGUGCCUUGGGUGAUUGCGUUGAGUCCCUGACAUGAUGCUGGAAGAGUGAGCACCAGAGGGAUCUGCCCUGGUGCUCCAGUCUCCCUCUUCACGGGGACAUUCAGUCACCUAGGCCUCAUGUGAAAUUUGGUGAGUGGCUCUGAGGGAAAGAAGGAUCGCAUUCUCUCAGGCCCUCUUUCCCUAGACUCUCUGUCAUACAUCCCCUUUCCUCUCCUGCCUUUCUUUCUCCUCCCUUCCCCUUUCUUUCUAGCCUGGUGUCUCAAACUCCCAUGGAGCUCUUUCCUUCCCCACGCCACCACCUCCAGCAGGUGGCCUGACUUAACACUCCACAUCAGCUACAGACCUCUGAUCGCCACACCUGAAGUUCUGCUGAUGGAUUGAUUGCAUCAGGACCACCUGAGCACUCCAUGUCCAGACUACACUCAGCAAGGAGAUGUGGUCAUGGUCUCAGACCCAAAUUUCCAGCUGGAAUGGAAUGGGAGUGGAUGCAGAAAGUUCUGGGACUCUUGUACCCCUGGGAAAACAACAGCAGAGUCUUGGAUGAAGCUGGGCUGGGCCUUUGCUCCCUCUGUCUCAGGUGAGAGUGGACACCUGAGGUGUCAGGUCCCCACCUCAUUCCCCAUGAAUGCUAUCGAAAGUCCCGAGGGGCAGGAGCUGCAAAAUCUGGGGAGCGAAGCCUGGGACAACCCCGCCUACAGUGGCCCUCCCUCCCCACAUGGGCCGCUGAGGAUCUGCACUAUCUCCAGUGCGGUGCCCCCCCAGGCCCAGCCCACGAAGCCUGAAGACAGACCCCAGGAGAAGGCACACAGGACCCUGGUGUCCACCUGCUGCCUCCAGAUUCGUCGGGGCCUCAGAGGACUUUGGGGGACAGCUCUGACUGAGAAUACAGCUGAGAACCGGGAACUUUAUGUCAAGACCACCCUGCGGGAGCUUUUGGUGUACAUCGUGUUCCUGGUGGACAUCUGUCUCUUGACCUAUGGAAUGACAAGCUCCAGUGCCUAUUACUACACCAAAGUCAUGUCUGAGCUCUUCUUACACACCCCAUCAGACACCAGAGUCUCCUUCCAGGCCAUCAGCAGCAUGGCAGACUUCUGGGAUUUUGCCCAGGGCCCACUACUGGACAGUUUGUAUUGGACCAAAUGGUACAACAACCAGAGCCUGGGCCAUGGCUCCCACUCCUUCAUCUAUUAUGAGAACUUGCUGCUGGGGGUUCCAAGGCUGCGGCAGCUGAGGGUCCGCAAUGACUCCUGUGUGGUACAUGAGGACUUCCGAGAGGACAUUGUGAGCUGCUAUGACGUCUACUCUCCAGACAAAGAAGAGCAGCUCCCCUUUGGGCCCCUCAAUGGCACAGCGUGGACAUACCACUCACAGGAUGAGUUGGGGGGCUCCUCUCACUGGGGCCAGCUCACAAGCUACAGUGGAGGUGGCUACUACCUGGACCUUCCGGGAUCCCGGCAGGGCAGUGCAGAGGCACUCCGGGACCUUCAGGAGAGCCUGUGGCUAGACAGGGGCACUCGGGUGGUCUUCAUCGACUUCUCAGUCUACAACGCCAACAUCAAUCUUUUCUGUGUUCUGAGACUGGUGGUGGAGUUUCCGGCUACAGGAGGUGCCAUCCCAUCCUGGCAAAUCCGCACAGUUAAGCUGAUUCGCUAUGUCAGCAACUGGGACUUCUUUAUCAUUGGCUGUGAGAUCAUCUUCUGCAUCUUCAUCUUCUACUAUGUGGUGGAGGAGAUCCUGGAGCUCCACGUCCACCGACUUCGCUACCUCAGCAGCAUCUGGAACAUUCUGGACCUGGUGGUCAUUUUGCUCUCCAUUGUAGCUGUGGGCUUUCACAUAUUCCGAACUCUUGAGGUGAACAGGCUGAUGGGGAAGCUCCUGCAGCAGCCAAAUACAUACGCCGACUUCGAGUUCCUCGCCUUCUGGCAGACACAGUACAACAACAUGAAUGCCGUCAACCUCUUCUUUGCCUGGAUCAAGAUAUUCAAGUACAUCAGCUUCAACAAAACCAUGACCCAGCUCUCCUCCACGCUGGCCCGCUGUGCCAAAGACAUCCUGGGCUUCGCUGUCAUGUUCUUCAUCGUAUUUUUCGCCUAUGCCCAGCUCGGCUACCUGCUUUUCGGGACCCAAGUGGAAAACUUUAGUACUUUCAUCAAGUGCAUUUUCACUCAGUUCCGGAUCAUCCUUGGGGACUUUGACUACAAUGCUAUCGACAAUGCCAACCGCAUCCUGGGACCUGCCUACUUUGUCACCUAUGUCUUUUUCGUCUUCUUCGUGCUUCUGAACAUGUUUCUUGCCAUCAUCAAUGACACAUAUUCAGAGGUCAAGGAGGAGUUGGCUGGACAGAAGGAUGAGCUACAGAUUUCCGACUUCCUGAAACAGGGCUACAACAAGACCCUACUGAGGCUGCGUCUCAGGAAGAAACAGGUUUCGGAUGUGCAGAAGGUCCUGCAGGGUGGGGAGCAGGAGAUCCAGUUUGAGGAUUUCACGAACACCUUGAGGGAACUGGGGCACAAAGAGCACGAGAUCACUGAGCUCGCGGCUACCUUCACCAAGUUCGACCAAGACGGGAAUCAUGUCCUGGAUGAGAAGGAGCAAAAACAAAUGCAACAGGACCUGGAGGAGGAGAGGGUGGCCCUCAAUGCUGAAAUUGAGAACCUGGGCUGGUCCAUUGUGAGGAGUUCACCAGGCAAAUUGGGUCCAGAGGCUACCGGAGCAGGUGACUGGGUUUCAGGAGAAGAAUUCUACACGCUCACAAGGAGAGUUCUACAGCUGGAGUCUGUCCUGGAAGGAGUCCUGGCCCAGGUUGAUGCGGUGGGCUCAAAGCUAAGCAUGCUGGAGAGGAAGGGGCAGCUGGCUCCCUCUCCAGGCAUGGGGGAGCAGACAUUUGGGAACAUCUGUAGCCAGCCCCAGCUGUGAUUCCAGCCCCCUGGGGAGUCGAGGGUGGGUAGGAAAAUGGUGGGGGAAGGCUCCAAAAGCAUCAGACAGCAGGCUCCUCUCUCGCUGCCUUCCCAGAGGCCCCCUCUGCACAUUCCCUCUAUUUCUAGGGCAACAGUUCCCACCAUUGCUGCUGCCAAGUCCUACCCUGUGUUUGGCCUUUUAAGCCCAUGUUUCUGUGUGUAACUGAGCGUCAUGCUUAGGCUUGUGACUCAGCGUUUCUGUGUGUAGCUCUGCAGCUCUGCAUAGCUCUGUGAAAUAACAUCUCCCACUGGGCCUCUCACACCCUGUGCUUCCCAUCUCUGCUGUAGUGAUUAAACAAACAAUCAAAAAGGUCAAUAACAAACAGAAUAAAGGAAGGGAGGGUAAUGAUUUCCCCAAGCAUCUGGAUAGUCAUGAUUUCUGAAAAAUAUAGCAUCCAAGAGUAGCAAUAUCUAGAUGUCUUCCUACUUACCAGUGAGUCUUACCCAUUGGACAUCUAGAGACCUACUUCUAGAACCUAUUGGGUUCUUGUCUUCCCCCAUAGGAUUUCCCUGUAGAAGAGAAGGGAAAGUCAUAUAGGUGAGGAGACUCUCAUGUGGGGAGAUUACAAUGUCGCAGAGGAGUUGGAGUGAUUACCUCCCCAACCUGAGGAGACAGCCCAUGAACGCUCAGUGGCGGAUCCUACUCCCAACCUCCUACAGAACACGGAACUGAAGGGGCUGUAAACCAGGAUGAAGUUGGAGCCUGAGGAAAAUCAGGCAAAGAAAUGACCCCAAGAUUCAGUGAUCUUUGGAUGAAGAUGUGCUAGGCUCUGGCUCUAUUCUUCCAUUGGACAGUGUGGGUUUCCCUGGUGACUAUCAAUAAAAAUCC